AUGACUGGUGGUCUGUCUCCAGAGCAGUACUGUUUUCCAGACUCAAAUGCUUCUUGUGUUAUGGCACAGUUCAGUGUGGGGACCAAAGUUGCCCUCUAUUUGUUGUUUGCUUUAGGCAUGCUGGUUACCAUUUUAGGGAACUCUGUUGUCAUUGUGUCAAUAGCUCAUUUUACUCAGUUGCAGAAUCCUACCAAUGUGCUUGUUUUAUCUCUUGCUCUUGCAGACCUUCUUGUGGGUGUUGUUGUAAUGCCCUUCAGUGCCAUUCGGACUGUUCAUGGCUGCUGGUUCUAUGGUGAUGCCUUCUGUCUGCUGCACUCUAGUUUUGAUAUGUUUCUUACCUCUGUAUCUAUCUUCCAUCUAAUUUGUAUUGCUGUAGACCGACACCAGGCAAUAUGUAAUCCUCUACAUUAUUCUAGGAAAAUCACAAUAUCAGUGGCUUGUUUUAUGGUAUGUGUGAGCUGGGCACUGGCUGCUCUCUACUCCUAUGGACUACUCUACUCAAAGGCCAACAUAGCAGGGCUAGAGGAUUAUAUAGCAUCAAUAUACUGCCUUGGCAGUUGUAACCUUCUCUUUAAUCAGCUCUGGGGGGUUUUGGACAGUAUUACUGCCUUUUUCUUUCCCUGCACUGUAAUGGUUUGUCUGUACACUCAAAUAUUUAUUGUGGCUAAAGAGCAUGUAAGAAAGAUCGGAGAUAUGAACAACAGUUCAAAUGACAGAGGGAGAGGUGGGUUGAUUAAACAGUCUGAGCACAAAGCUGCAAAGACUCUGGGUAUUGUGCUCGGUGCAUUCAUCUUUUGUUGGAUGCCCUUUUUUAUAACUUCUAUAACUGAUGCCUACACUGGCUUUAUCACACCUGCUGCAAUCUUUGAAGCAUUUGUUUGGUUGGGUUACUUCAACUCAACACUAAACCCAGUUAUUUAUGCGUUUUUUUAUCCUUGGUUUAAGAAGUGCUUUUAUCUCAUUGUCAGUCUGAAAAUAUUUAACCCCAAUUCUUCAACCAUAAAGGUGAAUAUACGAACACAUUCAUGA